AUGUCGUGUGCGAAGUGUCAGAACCCCCUGGUUCUGGAGGUCGACUACUCGGACGAUGAGGAUGUGUCCAUGGGCGCUGGCUCGUCCAGCGCAGCAGCUCAGAACACUCAGACUGUUCCUGAUGAUGUAGCUCUUAACUGCGGCUGCCACUUCCACUGGCAAUGUUUGAUCGACGAAUAUCAAGUCACCGAAUGCCCUUCAUGCCACCGAAACCUGCUUACUCCCGGCCCCAACGGAGGUCAACAGCUUCUCUGCACCUUGCACAAUGAGGGUGGCGUUCAAGAAAACCUCGACAUCCUACCUAUCCUGACCGAGGAAGCCUACCUACACGCAUACCCCGAAGACAGAAUCAGCCGCGCUUUCCUUGAGCUUUGCCGCGAAGGCGACGUAUCUGCAGUCGUGGACUUGUUGAAGAGCUGCAAUGAACCCGACUCUGAAGAUGAAGAGAUGGAUGAUGAGCCUGCCAUACCCAAAAAGUCUAUGGAUGAGAUACUGCGUUACCAAGACCCCAUUGGCGACAUGCAGUCUGGUCUUCACGCAGCAGUUGCUGGAAACAGCCGUGAGGUCGCUUGGUUAUUGCUGUUGCUUGCGUCUCAACUACCUGAGAUGGAGUUCCCUGCUCUAGUAUUCCAACAAGCAGCCUCGUUGGGCAUCAUGAGAGAGGAUCAAACUGGCAAGGUCGACAUCAGAAGUCUCAGAGAUGGUCAGGGUAGAAGUGCAGAACAAUUGGCUGCAGAACUUGGUGGAGUGUGGCAUGGCUGGCCUGGCAGUGGUCGUCUGACGGUUUAA